UUGCACUGGCUUCCGCCAUAUCUGUGCUGUGUGGUUGUCUCUACCAAGUUUGUAGCAGCCGAGCUCGCCGGCCACGCUUUGGAAGAGCAAUGUCACAUCCGCAGUACGGCAAGGCGUCCUACUGGGACGAACGGUACACCCAGGACCCGGAGAUCUUCGACUGGUACCAGCGCUACUCCGGGCUGAAGGAUUGGAUAUCGCAGUACGUUCGUAAGGACGACAACAUUCUUAUGGUGGGCUGUGGCAACUCUCGGCUGAGCGAAGAAAUGUUCGACGACGGCUUCACGACACUCACAAAUAUCGACGUCUCGAGGGUGGUAGUCGAGCAGAUGAUCGCUCGAUACAGGGACAAACCAGCUCUCAUGUGGUCGAGGAUGAACGUGUGCGCCCUGGACUACCCGGACGAAUCUUUCAACGCUGUGAUCGACAAAGGCACCCUAGAUUCGGUGCUGUGCGGAGAGGGCUCCACCGCGAACGUCGCCAAGAUGUGCAUGGAGAUCUCGCGAGUGCUCAAGCCCAACGGCGUCUACUUCAUCUGCUCCUACGGCGUGCCGGACAACCGCCUUCAGUACUUGGAAAAUGACGACUACAGCUGGACCGUCACGGUGCACACCAUCCCCAAGCCCACCAUUUCCGCCGCGGCUGUGCCCGACACACGGGAUGCAGAGAGCGUCCACUACCUCUACGUGUGCAAGAAGGGCGGUACCGCGGAGGAGGGCGCAUGACCCCCCCAAAGUGACGACCGGCCCCAGUAUGGCCCUUAUGUUCCGUCCCCACCGAUUCUGCUGGAGUUUUCGGCGUUAAAGCUGUGCUGGUGAUAUGUAGUCGAGAGGGUGGGGAUGGUGCCCACGCCUACGUUUUGCUGCCGUUUGGAUAUUAAAUGAUCGGAAAAUGGCCGAAGGGGCAAGGGAAGAGGUUGGCAUGAGAGGGCAAGGCUAACCAACGAUGGAUUUUGAUUUGUGCUGCCACAUGCGCAGGGCGAGCCCGUAAUUAUAUCAUCGCGGCACGCGUCGGCACGCGCAUCGUGUUGUUGGAAGCGUUGUAUCGCGUUUUGUUGGCGGCAAAUGAGCGAGCGAGAGGUUGGUCAACCUUUCGUAGAUGCUCUGUCUCGUGAGUACGUGUCAUGUUUGUACUACUGUAACUGUGGUCUUCAAAUAUUUUUGUAGAUCCACGAAGGUGAACGGACGUAUCUUGUAAAGUAGGAGUAGGAUAGGAGGCAAAAAAUUGCCGCCGAGCUGCGACUUCCCGAACGCAGCCGCACGUUGGAUAUUGAGCUUUCUUUUGCUGUGGUGUGUCGUGACACUCGGAUCGCCAGGAGGUGAACUACUAUUGCUGUCGUUACAGCAGUCGGGCUACGGUUGAAACUUGCCUCACCAAGGAGACACUCGGCUCGUUGUUCUAUAGAUGUUCGCAAAGUGUUAUAAGUUGUUGCCAGUAGUCGCCACUGCUGUUGGGGCGCGCUCCUGUUUGAAGUGGAAGAAACACCGGAUGAUACUCGAGCGGCAUAAG